AUGCCGCAGCCUCCCAUGAGGGUCUCCAGCGCACCCCAGGUCCCGCCAUCCAAGCCAUCUCGCCUUGCUACUGGCCCGGAUCCGCACAGCGCCUCGCUCCCAACCAGAGCCGCCGCCCGCCCCGAAGCCACCGCGCGCGCCAGUGCCGAUGCCGCAUCUGACAAGGCCACGGCCGCCUAUGUCCGCCGCGUCCUCUGCGCCCACCAGCUCUCAUCCAACAUCCUGGCGGGUGGCGAGAAGGGCAAGCCAUCGCCGAAGCCGCUGGACGAACUGCUGCCGCCGUUGACGAGCUCGAACGAGGUGGACCUGCAGGUCUAUGCCAUCAUCGCGGUAAUCAUCAAGGAGUUUGUGUACGGGUGGUACGCCAAAAUCACACCAGAUCAUGUCUUUGUGGAUGAGGUCAUCCGGAUCAUUGCCCACUGCACGCGUGGGCUGGAGCAGCGGCUGCGAAAGGUCGAUCUGGAAGGGCUGAUCCUGGACGAAAUCCCGCAGCUUGUAACGCAGCACCUGGACGCAUAUCGGACCGCGCAGCGCGCUUCUGAGGACAGCCCGCUGGCGGCGGGGCACCGACACAUCUACCACACGCUGCGCCCGCACCCUGCGCUGACGCCGGUGCCGUCUGAAGCCGAGCCUGCAACGGUGGUGGAGCAGGGCGAGAAUGAGGCGUGCUGGCGGCAGCUGCUGGUGCAGGGCGUGCUCGCGGUGUUGCUGCCGACCGAGGACCUGGACAACGCGUGCCUGCGGGCGCUGGUGGCGGAGAUCAUCUCGGAGAUGAUCAUUGGCGGCGCGGUGAGCAACAAGGUGUGCGAGGCGUGGAUGCUGUGGGAGGCGGUGGAGAAGAUAGCUGAGGUGGUGCACGCGGCGGAGGCGGCACCCCCGGCUCCCCCGGCGAAAGCGACGAGUCGGCUCGAGCAGUUUGGGCUGGUCAACGAGGCGGCGCCCAGGGCGCGGUCAGACGGCGGCGCGGCGGGCAGGGCGAUUGGCGAGCUCAGCCUGCUGUUCUGGGCGGCGUGCCAGUUCGCGUUUCUGGCGGCGACGUGGGUGCGGGCCGUUGUCGCGGCGCUGGCGGCAUCCCCGUCGCUGCCGGAGCGCAGCAGGCUCGUGUCGUCGUCGCCGGUCGAGGGCAGGCGCCAAUCGCUCGAGGCGGCGUGGGCGGCGGAGGAGCCGUCGGCCGUGCUGGGGAUGAGCGCGUGGACGUGCGCGGGACAGCUGCUCGAAUUGAAGGCGCGGAUGCCGUGGCUCGCGGGCGCACUGUCGCUGGCGCAGUGGAGUGCCGUCAGCGGGCCGGGGCGGGUGGGUGGCACAAACGCGCCAUUGGACAGGUGA